GGUGAGGUGCUGGGCCACAAAUCCGAUAUUGCGGACGGCACCCUGCGCGCGUACGACUUCCGUACAUUCAACAACAUAGUGGGGGACUACUACGUGGCACCAGCGUUCCUGGAGAAGGUGGCGCUCCACAUGGCUAAGAACUACUUGUACGACCUGGGGGCCAUAGCCAGCAAUGUACGAGUGCCCCUCAUUCUGGGAAUAUGGGGGGAAAAGGGAAUGGGGAAGACGUUUCAGACGGAGCUGGCGCUGAAGCAACUGGGCGCGGAGACGGUGGUCAUGAGCUCGGGGGAGCUGGAGCACGAGUGGGCCGGGACACCGGGGAAACUGAUCAGGGAAAGAUAUCGCAAAGCUUCCGAGAUGAGCAAGGUCCGGGGCAAGAUGACGGCGCUGCUGAUUCACGACAUCGAUGCGGGGCUGGGCCACUUCGACCAUGUGCAGGUCACGGUAAACAACCAGAUCGUGAUCGGCACACUGAUGAACAUCUGCGACAACCCCAACGUGGUCAGUGUCGGUCAAGACUGGCGGAGUGAGGAUCGCAUCCGGAGGACCCCCAUCAUCGUGACGGGUAGGGGACCCACACGGCGUUUCUCGCGCUAUCUGUUACGUGUCACGUCCGUUACCCAACCGCAUUCAACCAACCACCUAUCUAACUGCUACCUACCUACUAACACGCCAUGCUGUACGUACGUAUAUACGUAUGUGUGUAGGUUCAAGCGCCAGCCAUUGGACUUCUUCGGCGCGCUGCGGGCGUCUACGUACGACGAGCAAAUACGGCAGUGGAUCAGGCGCGACAUCACCGGUGGGUUGUGGGGGGAAGUGUGUGUUGGGGGCACCGACAAAUCCGGCCUUCCGCGAUUCGAACCUGUGCGCCUGACUGUUGAUAUGUUGGUGGCGGAAGGCGAGCGGCUCGAGAACGAGCAGCAACAGGUGCUGAAUCACAAACUCAGCGCCGAUUAUUUGCGGCAUGUG